AUGAUAUCUGGACCCAAUUGGUUUACGAACCCACUGAAUUCCGUCACUCCCGAAGAGGAGGAACUUGUUUUCGUCGGACCACAGAAUCUUGUUCCAGCCUUGACGGGUCCAGUUGAGAUGCUCCUUCGCCCACUUCACCCUGGCGGCUCGAUUCUUUUCAGAAAUAAGCGGUUUCUUCACUGGACGUCUUCUCAUGAUUCCAGCAGCAUUCAGACGUCGUUUCACGGUCGAGACGGAUGGCGGAGAUGGCGAAUUCAAGGAAACUUCCCGUCUGAUCGCAGGGGCGGUGAGUCUUGGAUUGGUUCUGAACGUCUUCAAAAUGUUUCUAUCGCCAUUACGAUCACUGACACGUUGUUUUGCAGUGCGUUGGCUCUUAGUAGAGCCAUCUUGAUCUUUCCAACGCUUUAGGAACUGAGAAAUGCACGCCUCUGUCACGCCGAACAUUCCUGCCAACGUCAUCAUGGUCAGUCCAUUUUGACGACCCACAACGAUGGCUCUUUUGUCGUUAUCAGUCAAAUUCUUUUUUCGAGAGGUUCUUCUCAUGUCUGAAAACAUGAAAAAAAACAUAUGGCAACAAUAUUACUUUUUAAAAAAAUUUAAUAAAAAAAUAAAUAAAAAAAUGAAAGCAUAAAAAAACAAAAAAAUUGAAAUCAAUAAAAAAAUGCCUAAAACGCGUCACAGUAAUUGCGGACAUGUAUUUGUAUACCGUAUAUGUUUCGAAGUAUAUUUUACAUUAUCCCUGAAAGUUAUAUAUAAAUCGGAUAAGUACUCGCUGAGAUAUCCUCAAAAAAACCAAAACUUAAUAUACUUUUUGAGCGGUACUGUAUGACCUGAAUUUUUUUAAAUGAAUUAUAUUCCUUAAAGGAAGGUUUUUUUAGCACCAGUACAGCUCCGCCGACAACUACAGUCACUACAGAAGUUCCAAAGACGACAACGGCUAGGUUUGAAGGAAGGCUGAAAAUGGAUCUAGGUAAUUUUCAGCACGAGUUCAGCGACGACUACGGCUCCUACUACCACUACGAAUGCUCCAACAAGGUUUGGAGAUUGUUAUUUUAACAUAAACCUUUAAAAAUUUACCUUAAUUGAUGUUCGAAGUUCAUUCGGGUCCAUAUUGAAGUGAUUUUUACGAACUUCUUCAGCACGACUACCCCGGAAAAGCCGACCACGACGCCAAGUGUAAAUACGGUCACAGUCGGCACGUCUUCGACUUCUAAGCCUCCAGAUGAUCCGACAAGCACCACUACAAAACAGCCAACAACUUUGACGACGACUAAAGUAGAUGAUCCAGUUGUUACCACGACUUCGGGUCAGACUACAUCUUCUAGCACGACCACGAAGUUGCCUGAAGUUCCAACCUCGUCCAGUACGGCUGCUCCAGCUUCAAGCACAACUACAGCUCUUCCUGGAGUUCCAACUUCGUCCAGCACGGCUGCUCCAGCUUCAAGCACAACUACAGCUCUUCCUGGAGUUCCAACAUUGUCCAGUACGACUGCUUCAGCUUCAAGCACAACUACAGCUCUUCCUGGAGUUACAACAACUCCAAGCACGGCUCCGUCAGCUUCAAGCACGACGACGCUUCUUCCAGGAGCUUCAAGUUCAACUAGUACGACUGCUCCAGCUUCAAGCACAACUACAGCUCUUCCUGGAGUUCCAACAUCGUCCAGUACGGCUACUCCAGCUACUAGUACAACUACAGCUCUUCCUGGAGCUUCAAGUUCAACCAGUACGACUGUUCCAGGUUCAAGCACAUCUACAGCUCUUCCUGGAGUUUCAACAUCGUCCAGUACGGGUGCUCCAGCUACUAGCACAACUACAGCUCUUCCUGGAGCUUCAAGUUCAACCAGUACGACUGUUUCAGCUUCAAGCACAAGUACAGCUCUUCCUGGAGUUACAACAACUCCAAGCACGGCUCCGCCAGCUUCAAGCACGACGACGCUUUUUCCAGGAGCUUCAAGCUCAACCAGUUUGACAACGAAGCUUCCAGGAGCUUCAAGCUCAAUCAGUACAGCUUCUUCAGCUACAAGCUCGACAACGAAGCUUCCUGGAGCUCAAACUUCUUCUAGCACUUCUGCUCCGGCUUCAAGCAUAGCUACAGCUCUUCCUGGAGUUUCAAUAUCGUCCAGUACGGCUGCUCCAGCUUCAAGCACGACAACGAAGCUUCCUGGAGCUCAAACUUCUUCUAGCACUUCUGCUCCGGCUUCAAGUGCGACGACGCUUCUUCCAGGAGCUUCAAGCUCAACUAGUACAGCUUCUGCAGCUCCUGGCUCAACAACGAAGCUUUCUGGAGCUCAAACUUCUUCUAGCACAGCUCCUCCAGCUUCAAGUACGACGACGAUUCUUUCAGGAGCUUCAAGCUCAACCAGUACAGCUGCUUCAGCUACAAGCUCGACAACGAAGCUUCCUGGAGUUUCUACUACCUCGAGUCUCACCUCCAAAGCUUCUACUUCUGCUCAAACUACAACUCUACCUCCAAGCACGACAUCUAA